AUGACGAUACGUGUGCGCGAGUCCACCGAGGACGACAUCCCCGCCAUUGCUCGCAUAGCUGCGGCGGCCUUUCACCCGGAAACGGAUGCCAUUGCGGCCCGGCUAUUUCCUGCUCGGCUCGUUGGAGAGGGCGAGGCCUAUUCCUGGCGAUAUGCCAAAAAGACGGCAAGCCUGAGUUCCACAGACGCCAUCAUCGUCGUGGCCGUCGACGACUCCCUAAACGACCAGGUGGUGGGCUUUGCCCUGUGGGAUGUAUACGGACAAUCGCAGCCAGAAAACGCAAAGGCGGCCAAUCAACCCCCGUCUGCCGCUCAACAACUGCCGCCACCCUCGUUCGACCAGGAGGCGUAUGCAGAGCUCCGCGCUAUCGUUUCAGCCGACCACCAGGAGAUGUUCGGAGAAAGAGGCAUCAAGGACGUCUGGCAUCUUGAUUACCUCGGGGUGGAUCCGCAGCAGCAGCGGAAGGGGAUCGGGAAGAUCCUCCUGGACUGGGGCAUCAGCCGGGCGGCGAGCGAGGGAAAGGAUUGCUAUUUGCUGGCGACGCCUGCCGGGAAGACGCUGUACGACAAGACGGGCUUCGAGGAGCCAUGGACCAACAGCAACACGAACCUUACCGCCGCCGGAGACCCGCGCUCUCAUGUCUUGAAUGUCGCCGGCGCAAGCUCAAGUGUGACCGAAGUAACCCUUGCGGCCGCUGCGUCACGACCGAGACACAGUGCACCUACAGGAUCCAUCAGGAGAAGCCCGGAGUCAGGCAUCGGCAAACUCGCCGAAUAUCCAGCUCCUCGGACGGCAUCAGAUCAUGGCGGCCGAGAAAACGAGACACUCAAUGCUGCGACAUCGACGCUCGGGCCAAAUGACUUGUCGAAUACACCAGGUGCAAAUGAGAUCCAAAAUCCGACUCGCCCCCGGUUCGUGGAUCCCGAGCUCCAUCACCUCAGGGAGCGGGUACGGAGACUUGAGCGGUCCCUUGUACAUGUUCCUGUGCACGAUAUAUCCCAGGCCGGCAGAGAUGUCCUUGCUGGUGAGCCGGGCAUGCCCGAUGCCCAUAUCAUCUUGAAUAAAACAAGAAUCAUGAGAUGGAGCCAUUGGGUCGGCAUAGCUAAAGAGUUUGACCCCAUCAUCUCCUGCUACGGAGUGAUUUGCGGUUUUGGAGACAUCAACUCGAUAAGGAGUACCGAAACCAGAGCUCUCAUCGUCGAGACUAGCGACUUGCUCCGGAAAUGCAAAAGCGUAGCUAGAAGCCUCAAGAUUGGGCGGCCUAGUAGAUGCCUUUCAUCGCUGAAUUUUGACCUGACGCCCCCUUCCCGUGAAGUGGCGGACAAGAUGGCAGCCUUGUAUUUCCAAUCGUUUGAGUCAACACAUCGGAUUUUGCACGAGCCCACCUUUUGGAGAGUCUAUGAGAGGUUUUGGAGUAGCCCCGAGAGUGCUUCAAACACAUUACGCCUCCAGGUGCUUCUCGUGAUUGCCAUAGGGUCCAGCUUGGUUCCGCAUGUGGAAUCCGAUGCCGGACUUCACCACGCGGUGCAUCAAUGGAUAUACGCAGCUGAAACCUGGCUCUCUGGGCCGCUGGAAAAGGAUCGUCUCAACAUCUCCGGGCUCCAGAUCCAUUGUUUGGUGAUGCUUGCUCGGCAAAUGUUUUCCAUCGGAGGCGACUUCAUUUGGAUCUCGUCGGGGUCGCUCGUCCACCGGGCGAUGCAGAUUGGUUUGCAUCGGGACCCCAAGCAUCUCCCUCCCAUGUCCGUAUUGCAGGCGCAGCUGCGUAGAAGACUAUGGGCCACAAUCCUGGAGCUGGUUGUUCAAUCAUCGCUCGACUCAGCGUUACCGUCGAGGAUCUCUUUUGAUGAAUUCGAUACUGAGGCGCCGGCGAAUAGUAAUGACAGCGAGAUAGGAGAGUCGGCGACGGAACUGAAGCCUCACCCCAAAGAAAUAUUUACUGGGACGUCUAUGCAGCUCAUCCUCCUUGGCUCGCUGCCAACGCGCCUUCGAAUACUCAGUCUCCUGAACGGUCUAAACACCGAGCUCUCGUAUCUAGAUGUGCUUGACUUGAGCGCGGAUAUUCUCCAAACUUGUCGUCAGUGGAAUACCUUUGCAAGAGACAACAAGGCAUCGGGCGUCACCCCCUUUCACCGAAAUUUGCUCGACUACCUUUUACGCCGUUUCUUAAUUCCCCUCCAUUGUCCUUUUGCCAACAAAGCACGGGUGAAUCCUUUGUUUCAUUAUUCACUCAAGGUUAGCAUAGAUACCGCCAUGACCAUAGCAUCACCUGAGCCAGAUGAAGGAUUUCUCAAUCUCAUGGCGAUUGCGGGAGGAUUGUUUAGAGAGGGCAUCCGAUAUGCGACAAGCAUUAUCGGCCUCGAGCUUCUUGCUCAAGUCGAAGCCCAGUAUCUCGACGGAACAUUACACCGCAGCUCACAUUACAUAAAUCAUCUCAAGAAGACUAUAGCAGAAAUGGUUUCCCAAUCAUUAGAGCGGAUCCGGCAAGACGAGACAAAUGUCAAGAGCCACAUGUUCUUAUGCAUGAUCACGGCACAAGCGGAAGCCACGGAACAGGGCGUAUCUGGCGAAGGGCGUAUUGUGAAGAGUGCGAGGGAUAGCAUUUCGUUGUGUUUGGAACUGUUGCAGAAUCGUCUGGGUACCACUGGUCUAUCAAUACCCACGCCAGAUGUCGAGUCUGUAAGCAUUGGUGAAAGGGAUGACUACAUAUAUGGAUUGGAUUUUGACAUGGACUUUUUCUUGGCGGAAACUGGCUUUUCUUGA